AUGACCUUGGGUAUUCUCAGAAUGACACAAACAGCUUCCAAACCUUUUCUGAUUGGUAUUAGUGGAGGAGCCGCUUCAGGAAAAGCAGAGGCAUGCAAGAAGAUAAAGGAUGUCUUAUACAGGAAGGCGAAAGGAAAGAAGGUUGAAGUUCUUUCCUUGUCAUCGUUUUAUCGUGAACUUUCCGAUGAGGAACUCAAAUUAGCCCUGAAUAGUGAGUUUGACUUCGACCACCCAAAUUCGUUCGACUUCAAAUAUUUGGCUGACGUUUUAAGGAAAAUAAAACAAGGAGAACAUGUGGUCCUUCACAAAUAUGACUGCUCUGCCUAUUCGAGUACCCCGGAUGUUCAGGAGGUCCCAGAUGAUGUAGAUGUUGUCAUCGUAGAAGGAAUAUUAACGUUUUAUCAAAAAGAAGUCAGAGACAUGUUUGACUUAAAAAUCUUCAUUGAAUCAGAUGCAGACACUAGACUUUGCAGAAAAGUCCUAAGAGAUGUUUCUAUGAAAGGUCGUUGCUUGGAUUCCGUACUCGAUAGUUAUUUUAAAUACGUUAAACCGGCGUUCGAGGAGUUUUGUCUUCCCACUAAAAAAUAUGCUGAUGUCAUCCUACCACGUGCACCAGACAAUCAUGUUGGUGUCGAUUUAAUCACCGAACACUUGUUACAACUUGUAAAUGAUUCACCUCUGAUUCAUAAUGUGCAACAUUAUAUACCACGUGCAAGAAACCAAUCAGAAUCUUGUGUAGGUUCUUUCAGACCUCAUUAA